AUGGGUAUCCUGAAGUUUCUAGCGACUGCGUGUCUCGCGACGCUUAUUCCGAGCGCGUCGGCGCUCCUUGCAUUCCCCGGAGCGGAAGGGUUUGGAAGAAACGCGGUCGGUGGUAGAACGGGAUCAGUCUACCACGUAACAAACUUGGAUGACUCGGGCGCGGGAUCGUUUCGCGAUGCUGUGUCGAAGUCGAAUCGCAUUGUCGUCUUCGACGUAGGAGGAACUAUCAAGAUCAGCAGCCGAAUCGCCGUAUCAAAGAACAUUUAUAUCGCUGGACAGACAGCUCCGGGAAAUGGAAUAACCGUCUAUGGCAAUGGCAUGUCCUUCUCCAAUGCUAACGAUGCCAUCGUGCGUUAUAUCCGAUUCCGCAUGGGAAAAGGUGGCGAUAAAGGCAAAGAUGGCAUUACUAUCGCUGAGGGUAGUACCAUGAUAUUCGACCACGUGUCGGCUGCCUGGGGUCGCGACGAAACGUUCUCAAUCAACGGUGCUGUGCAUAAUGUGACAAUACAGAACACGAUCAUCGGUCAAGGAUUAGAGACCCAUUCUUGCGGUGGAUUGAUGCAAUCGGACUACGGUAUUAGUCUUUUCAGGAACUUGUACAUCGACAACAAGACGCGAAACCCUAAGGUCAAGGGCAUGAAUGAUUUCCAGAACAAUGUUAUCUAUAACUGGGGAGGGGGUGGCGCUUACAUCGCUGGCGACAGUGAUGGCCAGAGCUACGCCAAUAUUGUCAAAAAUUACUUCAUCUCUGGUCCGAGUUCCAGUGUGUCGGCGUUCACACGAGGAAACGCUAACUUCCAUGGCUAUAUAUCCGAGAACUACUACGACAGCAACAAGGACGGUACCCUCAACGGCUCUCCCUUGUGUACUGAGGCGUCCUGUUACGGCGGUCUCGACAUUCAAAAGUCACGAUUCGAUUAUCCAGGACCGGGUAAAGUUCUAUCGGCGCCCGACGCUCUGGCAUACGUUCUUAAGAAUGUUGGAGCCAACUUUCCCGCUCGUGACGACGUGGACAAGGGUCUCGUAGCGGAGGUCCAGAGUUACGGGAAGAAGGGCGAGCUAAUCAGCGAUGAGAACGCGAGUUCCGCGAAGAGUUUGGAGAGUGGCAUGACUGUAACCGCAGCGACGGACUCGGAUGGCGAUGGUAUUCCGAACGCGUGGGAAGAAGCGCAUGGCUUGAACUCCCAUGAUGCGAGUGAUGCUAUGAAGAUUAGCAGCUCUGGGUACGUGAACAUUGAAGUGUAUCUCAAUUCACUUGUCCCCUCUUCAUAAAUAGCUAGGGUAGUUAGUGCAUUAGCUACUUAUAUGCAGGCGUAGCAUCUUGUCUACCAUUAGUUUCCUUAUGUCCGGAAUGAUAGGGUGCGUUCUAGAUCCUUGAUUCCAGACUUGGGAAUCGAUCAUCCGAGUACAAGUACCGAAGCACAAAAUAUCGCAUCGUGGUUUAUAAGCAGCUCUAGUAUUGGUGAAUGAAAGAUCGAUGGCGCCAGUAGUCUCGUAGUGUCCGAUAAAGGAGACCGAAUCCAAGUCGCGAUCGAGUCUCAAUGAUAGCUUCAUCAACUAGUUUGCUAGUAAGUGAAUCUCGGCUUCAUCUCUCGGUUCUCGUUCGAUUGUCAUUCCUAGAAGGAUUCCGAGGCCGAAUCCGAAGCCGAUGCCGCAUUUGCUCCACCAACCUUGUCUCAUCACUCGCACAAUGGCAUGAUUAGAUGUGAU